AUGGAGGGCACAAAUAAUACCACAGACAUCCUAAACUGGAAUGAAACGGGACCAGGCGAAGUUGCUCUAAGUUACCAGGUCGUCACUUCGUUGUUUCUUGGUGCGCUUAUUUUGUUCGCCAUAUUAGGGAAUGCAUGUGUGAUCGCGGCCAUCGCCUUGGAGAGGUCCCUUCAGAAUGUGGCGAACUAUCUCAUCGGCUCUUUGGCCGUCACGGACCUCAUGGUAUCGGUUCUGGUGCUGCCCAUGGCGGCCCUUUAUCAGGUUUUGAAUAAAUGGACUCUCGGACAGGAGAUCUGCGAUAUCUUUAUCUCUCUAGAUGUGCUGUGCUGCACAUCAUCUAUUCUACACCUGUGCGCAAUUGCCUUGGAUAGGUACUGGGCUAUCACAGAUCCAAUUGACUAUGUGAAUAAGAGGACUCCGAGGCGAGCAGCUGUCUUGAUCAGCCUCACUUGGCUAAUAGGUUUUUCGAUUUCAAUUCCCCCGAUGUUGGGCUGGAGGACUGCAGAAGACCGGGCGAACGAAAAUGCCUGCACAAUAAGUCAAGAUCCCGCGUACACCAUAUACUCCACCUUCGGCGCUUUCUACAUCCCACUUAUUCUUAUGCUGGUACUCUACGGGAGGAUAUUCAAAGCUGCCAGAUUUCGAAUUCGGAAGACCGUCAAGAAAACCGAGAAAGCGAAAAUCUCGGACAAGUGCAUAACUGUGUCGCCGGCUCUUUUCCACAAGAAAGCCAACGGAGAGGCGAAUAAAAACUGGAGGCGAAGUGUGGAGCCGCAGCCGAGCCCAUGCGUAAACGGAGCGGUGAAACAAGCAGACGAUGGCGAGUCGCUGGAGAUUAUAGAAGUUCACAGCCUCUCCAAAAACCACCUCUCGCUCCCUAAUAACCCACAUCCUUUGCCGUGCUUCGAGAACAGGAACGAAAAGAACACGGAAGCAAAGAGGAAAAUGGCUUUGGCGAGAGAGCGCAAAACGGUGAAGACGCUCGGAAUCAUCAUGGGCACAUUUAUUCUCUGCUGGUUACCGUUUUUCAUCGUUGCUCUUGUUUUGCCAUUCUGUAAAAACAGCUGCUACAUGCCGGACUGGCUUCAUGCUGUCAUCAACUGGCUGGGCUAUUCAAACUCUCUGUUGAAUCCAGUCAUAUACGCAUACUUCAACAAAGACUUCCAAAGUGCGUUCAAGAAAAUCGCGAAAUGUAAAUUCUUCAGACAGUAA